CAAUUGAACGUAAACUGCACAAGACUAUUCCAGACGGGAUUACUUACUUCAGAGGGGUUGGGAGUGGAUCAAUAUGAUCAAUAUGCCGGCUGAAAUUUUGAAGCAGGGCGCUGAAGGACGCCUUUACCUGGGUGAAUUCAAAGGAGAGCGAUGCCUUAUCAAAGAACGGUUUGUCAAGAAAUAUCGCCAUCAUGAAUUAGAUACACAAAUCACCAGGCAGCGCAUGAAAGCUGAAAGCAAGGCGGCAACAAGAUGUCAAAGUGCUGGAAUUUUGGCCCCUAGAAUAAUUCAUAUGGAUUUGGGGGAACGUAAGCUCUACAUGGAAUACUUCGACAAGGCUAUAACAGCAAAACUGUAUAUACAAAAAGUCGUGGAGACAGGUUAUAAUGUUGAAGCUAUCUUGGAAGCUCUGUGCUCAUCAAUUGGUAGUAUUAUUGGAAAAAUGCAUGCCAACAAUAUAAUACAUGGCGAUUUGACCACUUCCAAUAUUCUUAUCAAUCCCAAAGAAGACUCGGAAGGAUUUGAUUCAUACGACAUUGUAUUCAUAGAUUUUGGCCUUAGUCAUUAUAACCAAGGUACCGAGGAUAAAGGUGUUGAUUUGUAUGUUCUGGAAAGAGCUCUACUAAGUACGCACAGUGAACAACCUUACUUAUUUGAGCAUAUACUAAAGGCGUACAGAAAAGAAUGUGGAAAAGAUGAAGAGUCUGUUGUUGCCAAAUUUGAAGAAGUUCGUGCCCGAGGACGUAAGAGAACAAUGAUUGGUUAAGGUCUACAUAUAAACAAGUUUUUUCUUCAGUUUACAAUAAAUAACGUCUUUAUUAACUAUGUUACUCUAAAA